GUCGGUCUGAGUGUUGCGGGUUUGACUCCUCAGUCAGCGGACUGUCUGUCUCUCUGCAGCCCGCAGCAGGUUGCUGUGGCCCGACAGGAUCAGAUGCACGGACCCCCCCUCUGGACUGAACCGAGCAGAACCGGUGAGAGGAGCCGGAACCGAGCCGUGCUGAGUUCAGUCUGAUCGGCGGGGACCCUCAGCUGUGUGUCCGUCUGUAUGGAGGCUCCGGGCGGCCCGAGGCGGAGGAUCGUCCCGCUGCUGGUUCUGAUGCUCUGCUGCUCCGCCGCUCCGGGAAACGCCGAGAGGGUGUGUCACUGCAGCGGGAAGUCUUUCUGUCACUGUGACGGGGUCAAAGGUCAAAAGGGUGAACCUGGUUACCCUGGAUACGACGGACUUCCAGGAGUUACUGGUUACCCUGGCAACGAGGGACACCAGGGUUCACCUGGAGAAAAGGGUGAGCAGGGAGCAGCAGGAGGUCCAGGACUGAAAGGCUCUCGGGGUCUUCCAGGAAAACCAGGUUUUCCAGGACCUCCAGGACUGCCAGGACUUCCCGGACAUCAAGGAACCAUUGGCCGACCAGGACUCCCAGGAUGCAACGGGACAAAGGGAGAUGUUGGUUACCCAGGGUUCCCCGGGGUCCCAGGACCUGUCGGCCUUCAAGGUCGACCAGGACUGCGAGGUGCAAAGGGAGACUCGUUCGUCUUUCCCGUCACUCAGGAUAUUAAAGGAGCAAUAGGACCACAAGGACCAGUCGGAGAAAAAGGGCUGAUUGGAGAGCCAGGUGAACCAGGGCUGCCAGGAACACCAGGAUACGCUGGAGUUCCUGGAAGUCCAGGGUUGCCAGGGUUACCAGGAGAGAAGGGUCAGGAGGGUCCCAGUCCAGUGAUACCAGGUCCCAGAGGACAGAAGGGUGAUCGCGGCCUGCCGGGGAUCCCUGGACAGAAAGGAAUCAAACUGUACGCUGAAGGACCCAAAGAACUGAAGGGAGAACCUGGCGAAGUUGGAGUGAAAGGUUGUCUUGGACUUCCUGGUGUGCCAGGGAAACUGGGGGUUAAAGGAGAGAAGGGCGGGCGAGGUGAUCCUGGCUCGCUAGGUAAACCGGGGAAGGAUGGAGUCCCUGGACAGCUGGGAGAACAGGGAGACCCAGGUUUUCGUGGGUACCUCGGUCCUCCAGGUAUCGAGGGAACCAAGGGAGAGAAAGGUUUUCGUGGUUUUCCAGGUCUUCCAGGAGAGACGGUCUGGAAUCACAGAGUGCUGAAGGGCCAGCUCGGUGUCCCCGGCCCCCGUGGACCCCCAGGAGCCCCCGGACAACGAGGACUCAUUGGUUUUCCUGGACUGCAGGGCGAGCCAGGUGUGGCUCCCACUGGUCCACCGGGCCCCCAGGGGCCGCCUGGCUCAUUUGGAUCCAAAGGAGAACCAGGAGAGGAGGGGCCCCUAAUCAGCGGGCCCCCUGGACAGGAUGGAGUCCCAGGAGGUCGUGGAGCUGAAGGAGAACCAGGAGAACCAGGAAUACCAGAUUUCCUGCAGGGCGACGUUGGUCUUCCAGGAACUAAAGGUCUAAAAGGACUGAUGGGACUUCCUGGAACCAGAGGGGAGGACGGACAAGCGGGUGAGAAGGGGGAGGUGUGCUUUGUCUGUCAAGUUGUUUAUGGCUCCCCCGGACCUCCAGGUAAACCAGGAGAGACAGGUGAAGGCGGGGUGACAGGUUCAGUCGGUUUUCCAGGACCCAAAGGUUACAAAGGGGUCAAAGGUGUUGGAGGACCACCUGGUCCACAGGGCCCCUUUGGUAUCCCCGGCCUCCCGGGGUCUCCAGGACUUGUUGGUGACCCUGGGAUCAUGCAGCGAGUGGGGCAGAAGGGUGAGGAUGGGGACCAGGGGGAGCCGGGACCACCAGGUUUUCAGGGGAUAGACGGACGUCGAGGAGUCACAGGACCGAAAGGUGUUCUGGGACAGAAAGGAAACCCUGGGCCUCUGGGGCAGAAAGGUGACAGUGGCCCGUUUGGGGAGCCUGGUCCUAGAGGACUUAUAGGACAGAUGGGACCUUCAGGACCUCCUGGAAUCGGGGCUCUAGGACCUCCUGGACCUCGAGGCAAUGUGGGAAUCCUAGGACAGCAAGGAGAUCCUGGAAAACCAGGGGAAAAGGGUUCUCCAGGUGAAAUCAGAACCUCUCCAGGAGAUCCAGGACAGAAAGGAGAGAAAGGUUUAUCUGGAAACCCCGGACCUGAAGGUGUGACAGGAAUUCCAGGUGAUCCAGGAUCUGCUGGUCCAAAGGGAGAACAAGGAGAUGAAGGAUUUUCAGUCCAGGGGCCUCCAGGCUUCCCGGGGGUCAAAGGACACAAAGGCUUUCCAGGAGCACCAGGUUUACCAAGUUUUGGUAUCAAGGGACGGGCGGGGCCAUCAGGCCCUCCAGGGAUGCCGGGCCCCAAGGGGGACGGAGGUAUCGGUUUUCCAGGUCAGCAGGGUCGGUCAGGCUCCCAGGGAGAAGAUGGCUCUGUUGGGCCCCAAGGAAACCCCGGACCCCAAGGACCAGAUGGAGCUCCAGGACCUCUAGGAGAAGACGGACCACCAGGAUCCAAAGGUUGUAGUGGUCGAGAUGGUGUGCCCGGUCCUGUUGGUUCUGUUGGACUGUGUUUACCUGGAGCUCCUGGACCUGAAGGACAGAUGGGACAGAUGGGUGUCAUCGGAUUCACAGGGCCCCGGGGCCCAAAGGGUUUGCAGGGUGACCCUGGGCUGCCUGGCAUUGGAACCCUGGGGUCUCAGGGGCCGUACGGGGCCCCAGGAUUUGAUGGCACUCCAGGGUCAGUAGGAGGAGUUGGACUAAAGGGCCAGAGAGGGACCAAUGGGUAUCCAGGAAGCCCAGGUAUCAGAGGGGACGUGGGACCUCCAGGAGCCCCCGGGGGUCCAGGGGAUAAAGGGAAACCAGGAGACACUGGACAACCAGGACCAAAAGGUCCGAUGGGUGUAGAUGGGGUCAGAGGUUCUCAGGGGCCUCCGGGGCUUCAGGGGGACCGAGGAGAAACCGGACCAAAAGGAAUCCAGACAGAUGUGGAUAUGUAUGGAGAUCCUGGAGACCCUGGAAACCCUGGGCCCAUAGGUUUCACUGGUACUGAAGGAGAGAGGGGCCUCCCUGGUCCACAAGGCAUCGAUGGCAGCAAUGGUAGACCUGGAAAUCCUGGGCCGCGAGGAUUUUCUGGAGACCCCGGCAGAGAUGGAGCGAAAGGUCCUCCUGGUCCCCGUGGACUCAACGGUAACCCAGGAGAGAUGGGGAAGCCAGGUUGUAAAGGUGAGAAAGGUUGUACAGGGCCUUGUGGGCAACCUGGUUUAGAUGGAAAACCAGGACCAGAAGGACUUAAAGGUCCUAAAGGGGAACCAAGUCCAGCUGGACCAGGAUUCAAAGGAUUUCCAGGAGAGAAGGGGAAUCCAGGAUGUGCUGGAUCUCCAGGUGUGAAGGGGAAACCAGGGGACAGUGGAAACUUUGGUCCUCCAGGAGAGUGUGGCCCCUGUGGCCCCAAAGGAAAUCCUGGACCCCCAGGAUGCAGAGGUCAUCCUGGGUCUCCUGGUGAAAAGGGUUAUGAAGGUCCUCCAGGGACAAAUGGCCCUCCAGGACCAACCGGCCUCACAGGUAACAAGGGAGCUCCUGGAGAUCCUGGUCCAGCUGGUCCCAGAGGAAACCAGGGACAGGAUGGGAUACCUGGACCUCCUGGAGAGAAAGGAGCCAUGGGAGAUCCUGGAAUUGGACCCCAGGGCCCAGAGGGGCAGAAAGGUCCACCUGGGUGUGCUGGAGAGAAGGGUCCUCCUGGUCCCUGUGGUCCUCCUGGUCCCUGUGGUCCUGGGGGACCCCAAGGUUGUCCUGGUCCUCCUGGACUUCCUGGUCCUCCUGGUUGCCCCGGCAUAGAGGGAGUCUGCACUGAAGGAGGCAAAGGAGAAAACGGAUUCCCCGGACAACGAGGACCCAAAGGUCCGCCGGGCUUACGGGGUCCUCCUGGUCCUCCAGGUCCUGGUUUUAAAGGAGAGAAGGGAUAUAAAGGAGCAACAGGUGUACCAGGAACAUCUGGUUGCCCUGGAGACCCUGGCCCACGAGGCAACCCGGGUAAAGACAGACCACCAGGACCAUGUGGACACAAAGGCCAGAUGGGAGAAACUGGUAUCACAGGACCUGUCGGUCUGACUGGGGAGCGCGGACCACCAGGUAACACCGGCCCGCGAGGAUCUCCAGGACCACCUGGGAUGACAGGCCAGAGGGGGAAGGACGUAUCCAGGCCGGUGGAGCUGUUGUCAGGAGACAAAGGCUCACCUGGAGACCCGGGACCCAGAGGAGAAAAAGGACCCCCAGGGGCCCGAGGGAGACCUGGAAGUCAAGGUUUUAAGGGCAGCAAAGGGGAGGCUGGUAAAAAAGGACAAGGCGGUCGUCCUGGGUUGAAAGGGGAUCGGGGAGACCCAGGAUUGCCCGGACAAAAAGGUAGCACAGGUUCACGAGGUCAGGUUGGUCCUAAAGGUGUUCCGGGUCCACCGGGUCCAAGCAUGGAUGCACCAGAGAAGGACGGCUUCAUGUUCACCAGACACAGCCAGGAUCUCCUUAUCCCACAAUGCCCUGCAGGAUCUGCUCAGAUGUACAGCGGAUACUCACUGCUGUUCAUCAACGGACAAAACCGAGCUCACGGACAAGACCUGGGUACAUUAGGCAGUUGUCUCCCUCGUUUCACCACCAUGCCCUUCCUGGUCUGCGACACUCAGAGCACCUGUCUCUACGCCUCACGCAAUGACUACUCCUAUUGGCUGUCCACCGAUGAACCACUGCCAAGCAGCCUAACGUUCAUCACCGGGGAUCUCCUGCAGAAAUACAUCAGCCGGUGCACCGUAUGUGAGGCCCGAGCCAACGUGAUCGCCGUCCACAGCCAGACCAGCUCGAUUCCAGCCUGUCCGUCAGGCUGGGACUCGCUGUGGUUCGGAUACUCCUUCGUAAUGGAAAGAGGAGCGGGGGCGGAGGGGUCGGGUCAGCCUCUGGCCUCUCCUGGAUCCUGUCUGGAAAACUUCAGGAAGAUUGCCUUCAUCGAGUGUCACGGCAGAGGAACCUGCAGCUACUACACCGACUCCUUCAGCUACUGGCUGGCUGCGCUCAACCCCAACGACAUGUUCAGUAAACCAAAGACUCAGACUGAUACAGGAGAGUUUCCAGGCAGUCUGAUCAGCCGCUGUCGAGUCUGUAUGAAGCGACCGUAAACAUCAACACUACUGCUGCUGAUGCUGCUACUGUAAAUAUUACUGCUGCUAACACUACUGAUAUUACUACUACUGAUAACGGUGCUACUUCUGCUCCUGUGGACUCGUGUGCUUGUGAGAAGUGUUGGCAACAGAAAGUUAAGAGGACAGCUUUAUGCUUCUCGAAUCAGAACACCUCCGAGUGUGUUACAGUCAGCUGCUGCUGGUGCGAGCGCACUGCUGCUACUGAUACUGCCACAUCCUUAAAGUAGCAAUGCCCCAAUGUCACAAAUACUUUUACCGCUACAUUAAAAUCUGUGCACUGAAAACAGUAAAAGUAACAAAGUACUGGCAGUAAAGUUGUACAUUAGUAUCCAAAGUAAGUACCCAUUCUGAAGAUUAGUUUCUUUUAGAGUAAAACUACUGAUGUGUUAAUAUAAGAGCUAAUGACAGCACGUCCAGUUCUGAACGUAAAACCUGGUAAUGGAUAAAUGUACUGCAGUGAAAAGUCAAGGACUUCCCUCUGAGAUGACAAAACUGUACUUCAGUACAACACUUGAGUAAAUUAGCACCUGCUUAUUUACUACAACUGCUACUAAAAGUACCAUUACUGUAGUAGUACUAGUAGUAGUAAUCCUGCCUCUUAUACUACAUUUGUUGGAGUAAUAAGACUAGUAUCACUCCUACUACUACUACUAACAGUACACUGAUUAAGUGCAGUACUAUGUGCACUACCGUCAUCAUUUUCACUACUAGUACUGCACUGCCGCUAUAGUACAGUGGUACUUGGUGUACAAUACUUAAAACCAAGUUGUUUUCCAGUUAAACAAUAAUGUUUUGAUAUUCGACCAAGUUAUCAGUAUUAAACAAAAUCAGCAUGUUAGUGUACCCAUUUACUACUGCUCCUACUGCUACCAUUAUCUACUAAUAGUUACAACCUCUCAGUACUGCUACUGCAACUUCUACUACCAUAAGCAUCCAUAGUACUAUUGCUACUACUACUGUGAGUACUGCUACUGCUAAUACAACUACUGAUGUUUUGAUACUUGACACAGUUCACAGUUGUGUGAGUAUGUAGAAGAAAAUCAGUGUACACAAGUACUACUAUUACUACUGGAAGUACUGCUACUACUGCUACCAUUAUCUACUAAUCUAACUACUGCUACUGUAGUACUACUGCUCACACUACUGUCGCAACUACUAAUACGACUAAUACUACUACUAUGACUGGAACUGCAGUACCUCCCCCUGCCAGAGGAGGGCAGAGCUGAAACGCCACAGAAGAAGAAGAAGGUUUGGUCCAGCUGCAGUUCCUCUAGCAGCCACCACAUGGCGCUCCAUGAAAACUCGAAGUGAAUAAGAACAACCCAGAAGAUUAACACGUUUUUAUAUUCUGCACAGCGACAGAGUCUGGAGCUCUCUGAUUGGAUGAGUCUCACAGCGAUGCACUCUGGGUCUCGUAGUUGUCUUCUGUCAUAAACCUGUUCUGGACCUUUGACUGAUAACUGCAAGAACACUGAACAUCUUUGUAUUCUUUGAUAUUAAACACAGUGUCGAUGUACAAAUACAUAUAAUUAAAUACUAAGAAGUGUUUACAGUCUGACCACAUUAUCUUCAAAUCAUCUAAAAGGCUUCAGAAGCUUCUUGUUCUCAGUUGUACAUACUCUUAUCUUGUUAUUGUUAAAUCCACUGAUAUAUUGUGAUAAAUUGGGAUAACAUUAUUUUUGUUUUGUGAAUAUGACUCUUGUUGAAUUUAAUAAACAUGUUGUUUUACAGACGUCA